GGUCCGAUCCUCUCGUAUAUCAGAGGGAAGCCACGUUCAGAGUUUCACAGGCUGGUACUUCAGACUGCAUCAACCAUGUCUGGGAGAGGAAAGGGUGGGAAGGGCUUAGGCAAGGGGGGUGCCAAGCGCCACCGCAAGGUUCUGCGCGACAACAUCCAGGGCAUCACCAAGCCCGCCAUCCGCCGCCUGGCCCGGCGCGGCGGUGUCAAGCGCAUCUCCGGCCUCAUCUACGAGGAGACCCGCGGGGUGCUGAAGGUGUUCCUGGAGAACGUGAUCCGCGACGCCGUCACCUACACCGAGCACGCUAAGCGCAAGACCGUCACCGCCAUGGACGUGGUCUACGCGCUCAAGCGCCAGGGCCGCACCCUGUACGGCUUCGGAGGCUAGACCCCCCGCCACUGCUUCAUCCCCCAUCCCUAACGGCCCUUUUUAGGGCCAACCACAGGCUCAUCAGGAGAGCUGGCACUCUUGGGUCUGACCAAAUCACAGUCGACCUAGGCUCGGUGUGGUGAAGGCGCAUCCUCAAAAUGGAGUCGCCCAGUUUGUUGGAAGCCACCCGACCGGGCGUCCGUUUAAUGCCAUUCAUCAAGCUUCAUUUCCUGGGUUGACAUCCUGGGCAGUCUGCUCACUGGCAACUACUAGUUUCCAGUAACGGUGUGCGCUGGUUAUUUUUACCGCUGUCUGUGGCCAGAACCGCCUUGUAGGAAGGCUCAGUCUAGGCAAUGACUAGGAAAUACUGGCCUGGAAUUGCGGCUUACAAGUCUACAGUUGCAAAGCUGCUUUAAUGUCUUGUAACCAGCAAACCACCGGUGAUGGUUAUAAUCCCAGCAGUUGGGGAGGAAGCAAAAGGAUUAGGGGUUCAAGGCCCACUUGUACAAGGAUUUAUUUGUUUAUUUAUU